CGGCUUCCAUUAGCUACACCUCUGUCUCCUCGAUCCCUUUCCCGGCGAGACCCUAUACUCAACUCUGUCCCUCUUUCAGAUAGAUAGAGAGAACAUUUUAUAUAGAGAGAGAUUUUAGAGAGAUAAAUUGAAGGGGCACCAUGCGCACUCGAGCGAGUAAUCGCCAGAAGUCAACUAGGGCUAAGAAAUUGGCUCAGAAUUCGAAUCAACCGGACGUUGAAUCGAGCAUCUCCGAUCAAAACGCAAUGUUGAAGUUGGGAAAUAAAGAUCGGGAAUUGGCAGCGUCAGAAGGUCCGGCACAGCCAGUAGUGACCGGGAAGGAAAUAAAGCAAGAAAUCGAAGUUCUGAAUGCAAAUUCUUCUGUGACCAAGGGUUUGGUGAGUGGUGGCGGAGAGGAGGUUGUGGCGAAUACGGCGGUGGAAUUGAAUAUUAAGGAGGAAGUGGUUGUGGAAGUGCAGAAUGUGGAGAGUGCAAUGGAAGAGAGAGGAACGAAGGAGGAUGAGCAGAUUGAGGGCGGACCUGAUGAGAAUGGUAAUGCAAAUGAGGAAGAUGAUAUAGAAAAGGGUGAACUGAAUGUUGAGUGCGCAGGUAAUGUUGAUGGCUCUCAAUUGGGUAUUGUCCCAGUUUCAGAAUGGAAUGCAGUGGAAGAAGUAACUGCUGUUACUCAAACUGAGACACUUGGGCACAAUAACAAUGUUCUUCCUGUCAAUGAAGGUAAUGAUGGGGAAGGAGAGGUUGAGCAGAGUGGAAAUGAUGAAGAAUAUAACGAGGAUAGUGAGAAAGAUAAUGAGGGGGACCAAAAAGAAGAUGAAGACGGUUCUGUAUUUUUCCAUGUUCCCCUUACUGACAGAAAGAAACAAAAGGAUUUAGAAAUUUUUAUUGGAAGACUGAAUAAGGGGGCCGUUGAGGAUGAUCUGAUUAAAGUGUUUGGGCAGUUUGGGGAAAUAAAAGCCGCAAGGAUAGUAAGGAACUCAACUACAAAUAAGAGCAGAGGAUUUGCAUUUAUUCGAUAUGCAACUAUUGAGCAAGCCAAGAAUGCUCUCUCUUUGUUGAAGGACGGAAUUGAGGUGGGAGGCAAGCGUGUUAAGAUAUCAGCAAGCCAGGACAAUGACACGCUUUGCGUGGGAAACAUUUGUAAAACAUGGACAAAAAGCCGUGUGUUGAAUACAUUGAAAAGCUAUGGAAUUGAACAUAUUGAGGAGAUACAUGUGCCAGAUGAUCCAAAGAAGGAAGGGAAUAUUAAAGGUUUUGCUCUUUUGGAAUUCAGCACCCAUUCUGAUGCAAUGUCAGCGUUCCAACGACUAAGAAAGCCAGAUGCUGUUUUUGGCUGUAACAGAAGUGCUAAGGUUGCUUUUGCACAAACCCCAAUGCCUCACAGUGAGGAUGUUAUGUCUCAGGUUAAAACAGUAUACGUGGAAGGCAUGACUGAUGCUUGGAAUGAGGAGAAGUUAAAAGAGAUUUGUAAAAAAUAUGGUGAAAUCGUGAAAGUUAAGCUAUCUCGGAGCCUAAGCACCAAGCGCAAAGAUUUUAAGCGCAAAGAUUUUGGGUUUAUUGCUUUCACUUCUCAAGAAAGUGCUCUGGCCUGCGUGGAGGGGAUCAAUAAUGAUUGUAUUGGAGAAGGAGAAGUCAAGGUUAAAGCCAGCAUUGCAAAGCCUCAAUUUAAGGGUCGGCUUCAAAAUCAGGGUUUUCGUGGGGGAUUCAAGGUUGAGAAAAUGAUUGAAGUGGCCCCAUCAAAAGAAGAGAGUGAAAACGCAAAAGAAGCUGGAUCAUCAGAGAUGAAAGGUCAUGUAGAGCCUAAAGGGGCGAAAAGAAAGGGGAAAAAGGUGGAGGAAGAAAAAGAGAAGACUCCUUCCAAGUCAAAAAUUGGAGGAGGUCAGCCAAACAAACACCAAAGUUUCACUGAAGGUCAAUUUGAUGGAGCAGCAUCCACAUUGAAAAGAAAACAUCGUAAGAGAAAGAGUAUACCUUUAAGGACUGAUGGUUUUGAUAAUAGAGGCACUAAACAUAGUAACAGGAAGAGGCCAUCAAAGAAAUCAAGAGGCAACAUUAGCAGAAAGCAAGACGAUAAUUUCAGGCACCCAAAGAGAGACCCUCGUAAAAGAAAAGGGCCAGACAGUGGUGCAGAUUCUGUUGCAUUUAGAAAUUCGUAUACACAGGGAUAUGGUGCAUCCGUGGCUAAUCACCAUGGUCAAUCCUCCAGUGCAGUAUCUGGAUCCAAAAGGCGUUACACUGAUAUGGAGCCCCAUGCUGGAUAUCUUGAGCCCGUUGUUGCAAAGAAAAGCCGACCUCUUUAUUCAGGAUAUGUUGAACCUGCUGUUGGAACACAGGGACGACUUCAUUCGGAAUACCUUCAACCUGCUAUUGGAGCACAAUGGCAACCUCAUGCAGGAUACGUUCAACCCACUGUUGGAACACAAGGAAAAAGUCCUGCUGGUUACUUUCAACCUGCUGUUGGGACACAAGGCCGAUCUUAUACAGGAUACUUCAGACCUACUGUUAGAACACAAGGCCAACCUCAUACCAGCUACCUUGGACCUGUGGUUGGAACACAAAACCGACCCCAUGCAGGAUACCUUGAAUCUACUGGUCGAACACAAGGCCAAUCUCAUGGUGGAUAUCUUGAACCUGCUGUUGUAACACAAAACCGAUCAUAUGCUGCAGGAUACCUUGAACCUGCUGGUGGAAUACAUGGUUUAGAUCCAUAUGACCCUAGGUUGAGAAGAGCAUCUGGACAUGAUGGCCAAGGUAGUGCUGGCUCUGCUUACGGGGGAGCUCUUCCAACUUCAUACAUUCCAAAUUACACGAGCUAUGCCGGAUACAAGGGUAAUAGUACUGUCAGUGGAUAUUAUCAAAGCAGCCAAGCAUACCUGUCUCGAAGGACAUACUAGUAAACGGUUGCUGGAAAGACUUAAAAGGCAGUUCAGGAUCCUCUACCUUAUUAUGUUCUUUGAAGGGUGUAGUCCCUAUUUUUUUUGGAGGGGGGUUAUGGAGGAGGGGCUUUAGGAUAUGUGCUCAGGUUAGCCAGCAAUGGCCAAUUUUCUUACAAUAUUACAACAAAAAUAAUUAGUAGUCCUUUUAUUAUUAUUUUUUUGGGACUCCCUGUAAACACUAGAAAAAAAAAUAUAUGUUUUUGCUUGUAAUGUUAUUUGAUUUUCUUGUUCA